AUGGGUCCUAGAAAUCCCUCUCCUGACCCCUUAACAGAAUCAGAAAGUGAGGAAGAAGAAAACGCUAACUACCUAAAUGAGAGUUCUGGGGAAGAGUGGGAUUCCUCUGAAGAAGAGGACCCUGUGGUGCCCAACCUAACACCUCUUGAGAGUCUCGCCUGGCAGGUUAAGUGCCUUUUAAAGUAUUCUACGACUUGGAAACCUUUAAAUCCUAAUUCCUGGUUGUAUCAUGCUAAACUCUUGGAUUCUAGCGCACCCGUCCACAUACUUCGAGAGACAGGACUAAGACUCUCCCAUUGCUCCCAUCGUGUACCCAAACUGGAACCAAUUCCUGAAUGGCCUCCUCUAGGCUCUUGUGGAGUGCCACCUUUUCAAAAGCCCCUUAUGAGUCCCAGCCGGCUUUCUAGAGGUCAUGCCACUCUAAAUGGAGCACUGCACUUUGCCACGAAACAGUUAAGCCGAACAUUGAGUAGAGCCACUCCCAUACCUGAGUACCUAAAACAAAUUCCUAAUUCACGUGUUUCUGGUUGUUGCUGUGGCUGGUUAACUAAAACAGUUAAGGAAACAACCCACACCGAACCCAUCAACACUACUUACUCCUACACUGACUUCCAAAAGGCAGUUAACAAACUCCUAACUGCAUCACUAUAA